CGCGGGCUGGGGUGAGCCCCGCUGCUCCUGCCGCGCUGCUUCGCGCUGCUGCUUCAGCGGGCAGGGGCGGGAGAAGCUCUCGCCUCGCCGGGAAGAUGCCGCUGGCCGGGCGCAGCGCCGCUGCCGCCACCACCUUGAUGAUGAUGCCCGUCGGGGGAGCGCGCUCGCUGAGCCCCGCCAGCCUGUCCCGCAGCCUGUCCCGCCUGCGCGAGUACCGCACCCGCUCCCGGAUCAUGCUGGCCCUCGGCGUCACCCAGAUGGUUCUCGGCUGCCUCAUCGUGGCCGUCAGCUUCGCCGCCCUGGCGCUCACCACCUCGGCCCGCGUCCGCCACUCCUGCCCCUUCUGGGCAGGCUUCUCGGUGCUGCUAUCGGGACUGAUUGGAGUUGUCUCAUGGAAAAGACCCCUUUCCCUUGUGAUCACCUUUUUCAUGCUGUUGUCGGCCGUCUGCGUGAUGCUCAACUUGGCCGGUUCCAUCCUCUCCUGUCAGAAUGCUCAGCUGGUCAACUCCUUGGAAGGGUGUCAGCUGAUUAAAUUUGACAGCGACAGUGUUUGUGUUUGCUGUGAGCUACAGCACCAGCCCUCAGGCUGCAGCCUUGGCGAGAUGCUGAAAUUGAACCCUUUACAAGAAUGCAACUUCGUCAGGUUGACCCUAAAGGACCUGUUGUUCAGUGUGUGUGCUCUCAAUAUCAUCUCCACUAUUGUCUGUGCUCUGGCAACUGCGAUGUGCUGCAUGCAGAUGCUCUCCUCCGAUGUUCUGCAAAUGUUCCUGCCACAGAGGUCUCAUUCCGCAAACCCUGACUGUAUGACACCCCAUGGGACCAUCCUGCAUCAGACCUUGGAUUUUGACGAGUUCAUCCCUCCAAUCCCACCUCCUCCCUACUACCCACCCGAGUACACGUGCACUCCUGUGAUAGAAGCACAAAGAGGGCUCCAUCUGGACUUUCCUCACUCGCCCUUCGGUGCUUUAUAUGAGGUUGCCAUCAACAGCCCAGGAAUGCUCUAUCCAGCUGAGCUGCCCCCUCCAUAUGAAGCAGUCAUUGGACAAAGCCCAGCCAAUCAGGUCACUGCUGUGGACCAGCGCAACACAGAGUCCAUCCUGGGUGAGAGGAACACCACAGCAGGUUUCAGCAGCCAAGCCUUGGUGAACAGCACUUCCCAGAUAGCUUCUGAAGCUGUGGAGAGCCCGGAUCAUCUCAGCUACUCCUCAGAGGACCUUUGCUCUCUGGAAGUCCAGGAGACUCUCCUUUCCACAGACUUAUCUUCAUACAAUGCAACCCACAAAGGAACUACAAACAGGAGUUGCUCCAGUUUGGACUACAGCAUUCGCUGCCGGCUAGACAGGACUCAUUCCCAGUGUUCCCCAGAAGAGGAAGUCAGCCAGACCUCAGCGGAUGGGCCUCGUGGCCUGGAGUUCGAGACUUGCUCUAGGAGCCGCUCCUCAGGGUGUUCCUCGGAGAACUUUGGCACCUCUGAGAGAGACUCACACAGCUCAGUCAGAGAAUACAAAGCCAGGCCCCCUCCAAAGCAGCGGAAAAUGUGUUGUGGGGUCUUCAGUGCACCACAGACUCACCGAGCCCACUGUUCAGUGCCUGUAAACAGUUUGCCCCACAGCUGCCUGGAGAGGACGGCCCAACAGCACACGAGGAGAGCCAGGAUUUCCAAAAUAGUCCGAUCCACUAGUGACCCUCUGUCAUGUUUGUCUACUACAGAAAUUCCUGCCUCUGGCCCUCACAUGGCUGCUUCUGCUUGCCAGGACUCCGGAAACCAUCUCCAGCAACCUGGGAAACCGAGGGAUCCCAAAAAGUCUGAAUUUUCCCAGAAGCCAAAGGCUUUCCAGGCCGUCUGCAAAGAGCGGCCCCACUCUUUGGUGGACCUGCAGGCCUAUAAGGACACGAAGAUCCUGGUGGCCAAAUUUUUGGAACAUUCAAACUGCAGCCUCUCCCCGGAGGUGCGACAUGUGGUGAACAGCAUCCGGUCAGUCAUCAAGUCCGAUGAACGACACAUGGAAGAGGCCAUCUUCAGUGCAAACAUCAUCGACCAGGUGAUUACGAGCUCCCAGCAGAAUGUGGAUACCUCAAGAAAGCGACUUCAGGAAGAUCUCCACCUCCAGAGCUGUGGGGCUCUGAGCUCUCCUGUUGCCUUCUUACGCAGAGCCCACAUCACCCACAGCUUAGAGAGGGGAAGGCCUCACAGUUUAAUUGGAGUAUGUCGAGAAACCAUCCUUUGACAGUGAGCUGUGUGUGGCUCCACUAAGGGUUGGAUGAACUCCACUGAAGAUGACGCCUUGAAGGCCCAGGCAACUUGUGGGGACUCGCACAGAUGGAUGGCUUUACAAGGCAAAAUGAACACCCCUGAAAGAGUCUUCCUUUUGAGGUCCAGCUUUGGAUCUUACGUUUCAGUGGCAGAACACCCCAGUUUUCGUGAAUGCGUAUUCAAGCAGCAGCUUUUGCGAAAGACUGUUAUUUGACAAAGAAACACAGAGAUGUUAACACACACUUUUUCCCAUUCUAAAGAAUUUGCUUUCAGGUUUUUUUGAUGGAUAUGCUUGGGGAGGGAGGGAACCCCUCUGUUGUCAAAGUCGUAAUGACCAUUCUCUACAACUUAGAAGUUGUAUUUUAUUUGCUGUACCUCAAAAGUGUUUUAACUAAUUCUGAACAGUGUUUUAAUAAUAAAAAGUA